ACAAAAUAGAGUAUAGACUAAACAUUUGAAAGGAAAAGGAAAAUGUGGAGGUUGAAGAUAGGAGAUGGAGGAAAUAACCCUUACAUAUUUACCACAAACAACUUUGUUGGUAGGCAAAUAUGGGAAUUUGAUCCUCAAGCCGGAACACCCGAAGAGAGAGCGGCCGUUGAAAAGGCCCGCCUUAACUUCUUCAACCACCGCCAUCAUAUCAAGGCUAGUAGCGAUCUACUUUGGCGUAUGCAAUUUUUGACAGAAAAAAGAUUCAAAUCAAGAAUUGGAAGAGUUAAGAUAGAAGAUGGUGAAGAGAUUACUUAUGAAAAGGCGACUGCGUCUGUAAAAAAGGCAGUUCAAUUCGUCGCAGCUUUGCAGGCCGAUGAUGGACAUUGGCCUGCUGAGAAUGCUGGUCCUUUGUUCUUUCUUCCUCCUUUGGUGAUGUGUCUUUACAUUACAGGUCACCUUAAUAUUAUUUUGAGCCCCGAGCAUUGCAAAGAAAUUCUUCGUUAUAUAUAUUAUCAUCAGAAUGAAGAUGGUGGAUGGGGGUUGCAUGUUGAAGGUAAAAGUAUUAUGUUUAGCACAGUUCUCAACUAUAUUUGUAUGAGAAUAUUAUUAGGAGAAAAAUCCAAUAAUGGUGAAGACAAUACUUGUGAAAAAGCAAGACAAUGGAUUCUUAAUCAUGGUGGUGCAACAUACAUACCUUCUUGGGGAAAGACUUGGCUUUCAAUACUUGGUGUUUUUAGUUGGGAAGGAUGCAAUCCCAUGCCCCCUGAAUUUUGGAUUCUCCCUUCCAAUCUGUUUCCAAUAAACCCAGCUAAAAUGUGGUGUUACUGUCGAACAGUGUAUUUGCCCAUGUCAUAUUUAUAUGGAAAAAAAUUUGUUGGUCCAAUCACACCUCUUAUUCUACAAUUGAGGGAAGAACUUUUCACUCAACCUUAUGAUGAAAUAAAUUGGAAGAAAGUACGCCAUUUUUGUGCUAAAGAAGACCUAUAUUAUCCUCAUCCAUGGGUGCAAGAGUUAUUUUGGGACAGUUUGUACAUGUGUACCGAGCCUCUUCUUACUCGAUGGCCCUUAAAUAAAUUAAUUAGACAGAAAGCUCUACAAGUAACAAUGGAACAUAUUCAUUACGAAGAUGAGAAUAGUCGAUAUAUUACAAUUGGAUGUGUUGAAAAAGUGUUAUUUAUGCUUUCGUGUUGGGUUGAAAAUCCAAAUGGAGUUUAUUUUAGAAAACACCUUGCUAGAAUCCCAGACUACUUAUGGAUUGCUGAAGAUGGAAUGAAAAUGCAGAGUUUUGGUAGUCAAGCAUGGGAUACUAGUUUUGUCAUUCAAGCUUUGGUUGCUACUAAUCUCACUGAUGAAAUUGGAGAAACCCUAGCAAAAGGUCACAACUUUGUAAAAGAAUCUCAAGUUAAAGACAAUCCAUCUGGUGACUUCAAGAGCAUGUACCGUCAUAUUUCUAAGGGAUCAUGGACAUUUUCGGAUCAAGAUCAAGGAUGGCAAGUUUCAGAUUCCACAGCUGAAGGUUUGAAGUGUUGCUUGCUGCUCUCAUUGAUGCCACCAGAUGUAGUUGGUGAAAGGAUUAAUCUUGAGAGAAUGUAUGAUUCUGUUAAUGUUAUACUCUCUUUACAGAGUAAGAAUGGUGGUGUACCAGCUUGGGAGCCAGUAAGAGGACAAAAGUGGAUGGAAAUGUUUAAUCCAACUGAAUUUUUCGCGGACAUAGUGAUUGAGCAUGAAUAUGUAGAAUGCACUUCAGCAACAAUUCAGGGUUUAGUUUUAUUUAACAAAUUAUAUCCACAACAUAGAACAAAAGAAAUUCAAAAUUUCAUAAUUAAAGCUACAAAAUUCCUUGAAGACACACAAAGGGAUGAUGGUUCUUGGUAUGGAAAAUGGGGAUCUUGCUUCACCUAUGGUGCAUGGUUUGGUCUUGUUGGAUUAGCAGCUGCUGGCAAGACUUAUAAUAACAAUGAAACAAUACGCAAAGGAGUCAAAUUUCUACUUAAAAUACAAAAUGAGGAUGGUGGUUGGGGUGAAAGUUAUCUUUCAUGCCGUAAUAUGGAAUAUGUACCUCUUGAAGGAAAUCGUUCAAAUUUGGUACAUACUGCUUGGGCAAUGAUGGGUUUGAUUCAUGUUGGUCAACAAGAAAGAGAUCCAAUUCCUCUUCAUAAGGCUGCAAAAUUGUUAAUUAAUUCCCAAAUGGAAGAUGGGGAUUUUCCACAGCAAGAAAUGGUUGGAGCUUUUUUGAGGAAUUGUAUGCUACAUUAUGCUGCAUAUAGAAAUAUAUUCCCACUUUGGGCUCUUGCUGAAUAUCGUAAAAGAGUUUUGGUAUGAUAUACGUACCUUAAAUAUGUGUUGUAGUUGUACUUAGAUGGACAUUGUAAUGACCGAAAUUCCUUUCUGAGUAAUUUAUGGUGUUUAUAUUACACUUGUAAUCAAGUCUUAACUCUAUAAUAGAGUUUUAGUAAUUAAAUAAAUGCAAUGUAUAGUGUGAUUUUAUUUAAAAUAAUAAUAAUAAUUAAAAAUUCUAAUGUUGUUGUAG